AUGGGCGUUCAAGAGCCCGCGAAGCGCACCAACUUCGAGUUGGCACGAGGCAUCAACGCCAUCUCCGCCAAUAGUUUGGCUAAAACUAACGGCCGUGUCUUCGCCCACAGUUCUGUCAAGAGCCACGUAAAGGCUGAGAAAGUCCUUCAGCACUCGACCAAGAAGUGGUAUCCGGCCGAUUUUAUUCCCAAGCCGCUGCCAUCCGCCAAAACAAAACGCAACAGUAUUAAGACCGCCAAGCUCCGCAAGUCCAUAACGCCCGGCACCAUCCUUAUCCUGCUAUCCGGACGCUUUCGUGGCAAGCGCGUGGUCUUUCUUAAACAACUGAAAUCGGGCACGCUACUGAUCACAGGACCGUACAAGGUUAACGGCGUGCCGCUACGACGUGUGAACCAGGCCUAUGUCAUCGCUACGUCCACGCGUAUGAACCUUUCGGAUGUGGAACUACCAGAAAUUGACGAUGGCUACUUUGUCAAAGACAAGCAGACCAAGAAGAGCAGCAAGGAAGAAUGCUUCUUUGCGGCGCAACAAACGCCGACGUCAGCUGUGAUUACGGAGCAGCGCAAGAAGGACCAGAAGACGGUGGACGCCCUUCUGAUGAAGAAACUGGCGAACGAGUCCUACCUGCUCGCAUACCUGAACGCUAAGUUCACACUGACCAAGAAUGAUCGUGUUCACGAAAUGCGCUUUUAA